AAUCUCUAGUUCUCUAAUAGAAAAAAUAUAUUUUAUUGUCUACCUUCGAAGACAUUGAGAUGUAGUGAAGCAAUAACCCGUGAAAAAAUGUUAUAUUUCAUUACGUAAUAGAAAACCGACGGCUUAAUGAUUUUUUUAUUUUUAUAAACUCGAUGGGAGCUUGUUAAAAAAGUAUUAUAUUUUUUAACUUGAAAGUUAAAAGAAAAUUCUAGUCUUAAUAAGCCUAAUGUUUAGGCUAUUAGAAAACGUUUCGAUGUGACAAUAACGCCCUGCGUCGCCGCACUUGGUUUGGCGGCAACAAGUGUGUGCGUAUGGUUGUUGUUUAACUUUAGUAGAUUGCAGAGCUCGCUGUUUGGUGAGGCAUCCUCGGACAGUACUUAUUUGCAACCCCUAAAGAGCGAAUGUUUACUGUUUUACCCUUAUACAUAAUUAUCCGGUUUAAGUCUCAUCACAUUCACUCUCUCGGCAAUAACAUUAAACAAACAAAUUUCUGUUGAAAUUUGUUAUUUUAACAAAUUUUGUUAAACUAUAACUUAUUCAAGAUAUUGGGCUCAUAAAAAUAUUCAAAAUAUAAUUUUAACAUAAUCCAUCGAGUAAAAGUAUUUAAUUUCUAUACGUGACCAGAACUACUGAUGCGGUUUUAUAAAAAUGGGAUUCAUGAAAUUAAAAUAUCAAACCAUAGACUCAUUCACGUGUCUUAAUUGACAAACAAUUUUUUAUCCAAAUUCAGAGUAACAUUUAAAUGAAUACACAGCUACAGUGACUAAAUCACGCCAGAGAUUCAGAAUCAGCCUAUUGUUCUUGAUGGCAAAUAUUUACCAAAUGAUUUAUAUAGUAACAUAUUACCAACAAAUUUGCAUUAUUAUAGAAUGGCAGUAGACCACACAAAUAAAGUCAAGAAAUUUAGACGAAACAAAGAAUAAUAUUAGUGAAUUUACAAUGCCUUUAUGGUUUGCUCAUUAGAUGGAACAAUGAGCACAUUUAUAGAAUCUUGUAAUGAUACCGAAAUGAACUCUACAUUUAAUUUUAGUUUGGAUGAAGUAUAUUCAAUUUUAAUGGAACACAAAAGAGAUGCUCGAAAUUUGGAUCAAAGUACUGAGACUAUAUUGAUAGCAGUUUAUCUGGGUCUAAUCAUCGCUGGUCUAACAGCUAAUUUGACUGUUAUUUAUGUGAUAGCAAGACGUGCUCAAAUGCAUACAUCUAGAAAUAUUUACAUAGUAAAUUUGGCCAUAUCAGAUAUAACAUUAUGUCUUGUGUGUAUGCCUUUUACUCUGACAUCUAUAAUAAGGUACCAAUGGAAUAUGGGAUCUUUUGUCUGUAAAUUAGUUCCUCUCUUACAAGGCACCAACAUAAUGGUAUCUGUUGGAACAAUUACAGUGAUAGCUAUCGACAGAUAUUGGGUCAUAGUACGAGGAUCUGCACAAAACGAACGUCGAUCUGUUUACGUUGCUAUUUUAUUAGUUUGGCUGUUUGCAGUGAUAACAACUCUACCGAUACCUUAUUAUCAGGUUGUUGAGCCCCUCACUUUCCAUCAAAUUGUAUUGUAUGAAUCCUGUUUAGAGAAAUGGCCUACCACAGAAAUUAAAGUUGCUUACAACAUAGCCAUAGUACUCAUACAAGCAGUACUACCUGCUACUGUACUAUUAGUGGUGCAUAUUCGUAUUGCGACUUUUUUACACACACAUACUACUUCUCAAAAAGAUCCAAGACGAGCACUACGAGAACUCCAAAGGAAUAAACGAACUACUCUGCUUUUAAUAGGAGUUGCAGUUGUGUUCACGGUUAGUUGGCUUCCGUUAUCCGUAUUCUCAUUAACUGCAGAUUUGAUGACUACACCUGUAAACCCCAGACAACUUUAUUUAACAUUAGCUGUUUGUCAUAUAACAGCAAUGACUUCAGCGAUUUCAAACCCAAUCAUAUAUGGAUGGAUGAAUUCUAAUAUCCGUAAUGAGCUUUACCAGCUAUUCAACGCUAGAUUAUGGGGAACACAAAAUGAUCCCAGAUCAAUAGUUACAGGCACCACAGCUUUGCGAAAUAGAAGCAGACCAUUGAUAAUGUACAACACGUCAAACUACACACCUGGUAGUCAAGAAAUAUUUUCAAGAGGUGUAACAGUACUGUAAAGAUGUACAGUUAAUUUUUUUCCGCUGUAUCAUUUCUGAAAUAAUUAUUUAUUUUAUAAAAAUAAAAAAUAUUUCAACGAGAUUAUAUUUAUAUAAAAAAAAUCAAUUAUUAAAG